CCUAGCCCUGCGCUCUCCUUGCUUAACGCAGCGCGGACACGUGUGUGGAGGAGCGCGCACGCGGCCCGGGGACCCCGGAUGGUGAGCGCGGGGCAGGGGCGGCAGCUUGGCAAGGGGACGGCCGAGCGCAGCCCUUUCUCAGUCCCGGCGUUGGGGAGAAGCCGCGGCCGAGAGCAAAAUUUCCUUGCAAGCAGGGCAGCUCUUGCCAUCACAUGUUGAUACACCAUGCCCAUAGUGGACAAACUGAAAGAAGCCCUAAAGCCUGGGCGGAAAGACUCUGCUGACGAUGGCGAGCUGGGCAAGCUGUUGGCUGCUUCUGCCAAGAAGGUCUUGCUGCAGAAGAUUGAAUUUGAACCAGCGUCCAAAAGCUUUACGUACCAGCUGGAGAGUCUCAAAAGCAAAUACGUUCUGCUGAACCCGAAGACAGAAAACUCUAGUCGGCAUAAUAAAGGCUGCGAGGAAGGAUCCAUCCGGAAACAAGGCGGUGAGCAUGUGCUGGGAACCGAUGGUGUGCCAGCCCCGCAGAAGGUCCUCUUUCCUUUAGAGCGUCUUUCCUUGAAAUGGGAACGGGUGUACCGUGUUGGAGCUGGUCUCCACAACCUCGGCAACACUUGCUUCCUGAACUCCACCUUGCAGUGUCUGACAUAUACCCCACCUUUAGCCAACUACCUGCUUUCCAAGGAGCACAGCCGCAGUUGCCACCAGGGAGGAUUCUGUAUGAUGUGCAUUAUGCAGAACCACAUGAUUCAGGCUUUUGCUAAUAGUGGUAACGCCAUCAAGCCAGUGUCCUUCAUCCGAGACCUUAAAAAAAUUGCUCGGCACUUCCGCUUCGGCAGUCAGGAGGACGCACAUGAGUUCUUGCGCUACACCAUUGAUGCCAUGCAGAAGGCCUGCCUCAACGGUUACACCAAGCUGGAUCGUCAGACUCAGGCGACGACGUUGGUGCAUCAGAUCUUUGGUGGCUACCUGCGUUCACGAGUGAAGUGCUCCGUAUGCAAGUGUGUUUCUGACACUUACGACCCUUACCUGGAUGUAGCUUUGGAGAUCAGGCAGGCUGCCAAUAUUGUGCGAGCAUUAGAAUUGUUUGUAAAGGCAGAUGUGUUGAGUGGGGAGAAUGCUUACAUGUGUGCCAAGUGCAAAAAGAAGGUGCCAGCCACCAAGCGCUUCACCAUCCAUCGGGCAUCGAAUGUACUCACAAUCUCCCUCAAGCGUUUCGCCAAUUUUAGUGGAGGCAAAAUCACCAAGGAUGUGGGCUACCCCGAGUUCCUGAACAUCCGUCCUUACAUGUCACAGAGCAAUGGUGACCCUGUCAUGUACGGCCUCUAUGCUGUGCUUGUGCAUUCAGGAUACAGCUGCCAUGCAGGGCAUUACUACUGCUAUGUCAAGGCUAGCAACGGGCAGUGGUACCAGAUGAAUGACUCCUUAGUACAUUCAAGCAACAUCAAAGUCGUUCUCAACCAACAGGCCUACGUGCUGUUCUAUCUUCGGAUCCCAAGCUCCCGGAAGAGUCCCGAAGGGUCCAUCUCCAAAAGCAACUGCCCUGUGUCCAACCGAGCAAAUAUUGUCUCCGACCACAUGAAGAGAAGCACGACCAGUGGCUCCCUGGCUUCACCACUGAUCAGCAAAAGGCCAGAUGCAACUCAGGCCAAGAAAACCUUGGAGUGUGAUGACUCUGGCAUCCCAGUGCCCCGCAGCUCCUUUGCUUCCAGCUCCAAACUUCAGAAUGGGAUCGGUCCUCCUCCCAAACUCUUCCCUCUGACUGGCUUCUCCUCUCCUAAGCUCCCCAACAAGCCAGCUUUCCUGGAUGACUUGAGCAAGAGGUCCAAGAAGCAGCCUCUCCUCAAAACAUCUCAGGAGUACAGUGAUGCAGGUGGUGCCGGCGUGGAGAUGUGCAAGCCGAAUUCCUGGGGAGACAAGGGCUUGACGCCCUCUUCGCAGCUGCCAGAGAGUGCUGCAGAAGACUUUGAGGGCAAAGGGCGAGGAGAAAGCGCAGAACUACCAAGCAAGGACUCCUCCUCCUUAACGACCUCUUCGUCUUCUAGCAGCUCCUCUUCCUCCAGUCCAGCACAUCACUCCACCAAGGGGCUCCCACAAGCCACGAUGGGCAUCAAUGGCUACUGCUCCUCUCAGGAAACAGACUGUGCCUCUGGAAAACCUGCUUCUGAGGUCUCCAAGUUUGCCAAGUUAAAGUCGCCAUUGCUGGCUAAUGUGACCAAUCUGGAGCUGGGAAGCACCAUGUCACCCCCACCUGCGAAGAAACUGGCGCUCUCUGCCAGGAAGGGCAACAACACACUGCAGAAAGUGAGCGGCAGUGAGCGUCGGGCACCGCCCCACUCCCCACCAGCCGCCCCAAACACCACCCAACCCGUCUGCGCCGCUGCACUCGGCUAUUCCAGGGUGCUCUCAUCUGCUUCCAAAUCUUCAGCGCCUCCGCACUCAGCCAACGGUACCUUUGUCAACUUUACGCCCUCGCCCAGCUUCAAAUCAUACGGCCCCUCUGCCACCCCUCUGUCACCACCCGUUGUGCCCAAAGGGGCAGUGAGCCACUUAGACAAGGCUAAGGGGUCUUCCUUUGCCGGCUCGAAGAAAAGAAAAAAGAAACGUAGCCUUUCAGAGGAGGAACAAGGUACCCAUUGCAGCUCAGAAAGGACAGAAAUCAGUGCGGGUGGGAGCUGGCUCUCCAGCCCUCCCAGAAAGAAGAGGCUUCUGAAGGAAAACGGCAGCAUCGUGGCCUCUUCCGUGCAGGAAAAGGUGGCAGCCUGGAAAGGGGAAGAGGAGGGAAUGGCUGAGGACCAGACAGCACCUGGUUUGAGUCUAACCAGCUCCAGUCAGAAGAAAAAGAGAAAAAAGAGGCUGCAGCAGAGGGAGGAAGACUGCAGGCCUUUGCUGUCCCCGGUUAACAGCUGCUGUCCACAAUAUGAGGCAGAGGUUUGCCUAGAACAUACAUCUGCGGAGGAGUCCUGCUGCCUGAAAAAGAAAAAGAAAAAGCUACUUUUACCAGGUUUAGACAAAGGCAGCACUGCUACAGAAAGCGAACACCGCAAGCACAAGAGGAGGGAGAAACCAGGUGGCUCUACCUCUGAGGCCAUCGGCCCCCCAGAAGAGCUAAGUGAGAAUGGCCUUUGCUCAGCCAGGGUUGGUCCUCCAGCAUCCUGGGACAGCCAGCUUAAACGUAGGGACAAGCACACCUCGAGUGUCCUAAGUCCGAAGAAGGAAGCGACUCAGUGCAAACAGGGGCAGUCUGAUGUGGUCCAAGAACUGCUGAAGGAUUCUUUGGAUAAAGCUUAUGGAAAAGAAGUACUGACGUGGGAGGGUGAGGUGUCGGCUGUCAGCCAGGAUGCCGUGCGCGAUACUGUUUGGUUCCAGAGCCAGACAGUUCUUGAUGAAUGGGAUGAAGAGUUUGACAGCGGGAAGGUGAAGAAAAGCAAGAAAAUUAAACGUGAGAGGAGGAGACACUUCAAUGCCUUCCAAAAACUGCAAAGCCGUCGUAAUUUCUGGGCUAUAACACACCCAGCUAAAGUGGCUAGUCUGAGCUAUCGGCUCUGAGAUGAUGAGUUCUUGGCUGCAGCAGUUCUACAAUGAAUUCCUAUACAUUGGAGUGUAAUGUUGUCAACAAAGUUGAAAGCUGCCAACUCGACAGAAUUUUCCGGAACCGUCCUCGUCUUGAGUAGGAUAUUCUGAGGACUCUGGUUCUUUUAUGCAGGAUCAGGGAAAGCAACCAUCAGGCUUUGAGGGGCCUUUUCUUCUCUGCAAGGCGGUAGCUGUUUGCUCCAGGCCUGGAGACACAGUGGAGAUGUUCUUCCAGGCUCAGAGUGACCAGCCCCUGGAGUAAAAAGCCAGCUGUUGCUUCCACCCCCACAGGCCUAGCUUUGAUGAGCUGUAGCCCUCCUCUGCCUUUUCUGCUAGGAGAAAAUAAAGAAAGCUGUGUCCAGCUCCAGAGAGCUGUCGAUUACCUUGCCUGAUGUGGCGAUGGCCCCUUUCUCCCAUCCCUCGCUAUGUUAUCAUUAAGAAAAGAGCCAAGAGUCCAGUAGCACCUAUAAGACCAACAAAAUUAGUGGUGAGGCUUUCGUGAGCCACAGCUCACUUCUUCAGAUACAGUUAGGAUGUGAGUCCAUCUGUCCUUACAUCUUGGAGAGUGGAGUGAUUGCAGAAGCCGAAUGAUAAUAGCCGGUGAACGACACUGGCAGGCGUGAUUGCAUAAGGUGGGGUAUGCAGAGGGGUAGUGGGUGUGGAGAAAUUAGCAUUGGUAAUGAGCCAGGAAGCCUUUGUCUCUAUUCAGUCCAGGUAGAUGCAUUGUCUUGAGCUUCAUUAUCAGUUGCAAUUCAGCAGUCUCUCUUCCUAAUCUCCCUUUGAAAUUCCUCUGCAUGGUAACUGCUAGUUUUACUUCACGACAGCUCAUACCCUACCACAAAUGUUUUUAGUCUUAUAGGUGUGACUGGUCUCUUGCUCAUUUCUGCUGCUACAGAUGACUACCCAUCUUGAUCUGUCUUCAUUAAGACAAAGUUACUGAUGUGGCUGUUCUCCAUGCCUCCUGCCUCUUACUACAUUUCAGAAAUGUUUUCCCCAGAACUUCUCCAGAUUUUAUUCCUGCUAUGUGGAACUUUUCAGAGCAGAAUUCUGCAUGACAAGGAAAGCUGUCGGUGGGGCUUGGCUGCCCCGGGUAAUUUUUCAGAGAAAUCACUGUUGAGGCCAUGAGAUCGCAACAUACACAACCCACAACAACCCAUACACAAGUUGCAGGUCAGUGAGAUAGUGACGUAUCUAUGUUAGGCUGGACCACUUCAAUCUGGAGGUGGGGAAUCAAAUGAUUAAAUCCCUGCACAUGCUAAACUAGAGGGUUGGGAAGUUUCAUUUUUAUUUUAUUGACAUGCAGGAGUUUUCAGGCAUUCCAUUCCUCACCUGCAGUCUGAACUGGGUAGCGUCCACUGAUCGAAACAUAACUCGGAGUUGCUGAUCAUGCAUGUCGUCAUCUCUGACCAGGGCUGCAAGGAACGAGGCAGAGCUGUCUCUCGGACCUUCCAGCACACUUCGUCUGCCCUUCUGCGAAUUCAUUUCUGAUGGCUGUCAUCACACGGGUUGCUGGAUAGAAACGGCAGACCCCAAGAGGACCCCCACUCUCUUGACAGCGGCAGAUUUUCACUUCCGUUUGUAUUGAGGAAGUUGCCCAAAAGAGAGCUGUCCAGGCAGAUUGGCCUGUUCCCUGCUGUGCUGAGCUUUCCUUUGGUGGUGGCUGUCAUGCCAAGUUAAGGGGUCCCAUUUCUACAAGACGGGGCGGCCUUGGCUUUGCUGUUGCUCCUCAUAUUGGGCUGCUGUUUGUUGUUUUAACCUCCGUGGCUCUCCUAGAUGAGCAGCCAUGACCUGCAGCUUUCCAGAUGUGCAUGAUCAGUGCAGAGGCAGGUCCCUGUGCAGCCAUUCCAUUAAUCCUCACACCCUUCCAUUGUCCAUAUUGUUGCCUAUUCAGCUCUAGCACCCAUCUCCCGUAUUUGCAUACUGGGUGCAAGAGCUGAAAAUGAACCUAAUUCACUCCAGCAUGUAACCCAUUGAAACAGUUAUCAAAACCGUUUUGGCCCUUGGAAUUUAUUUUGAGCUAACAAUUUUUUUUCCUAGUGGGGAGGGGGGCAUUGAGACACUUCACUCUCUCAGUGUGGGGGGGAGCCAAGUCUCUUCUCCUUGCCCGCUGGUAGUGCCCUUUUACAAUCUCCUGCCAAACAAGUCUAAAAUACCUAUGUAGAUACCCUGGAUAAGGGUAUAUUUUGCACCUUGUGCUGGGGUUCAUUGCAGUAGCCCUGGUUGUAGCAAAGGUUCAUGGUGCAAUAAAAGGAAUGUUUUGUGUA